AUGCCAAACAUCAGAGCUGUUUUUGUUGAAUACGGUAAACAGCAUAAUAUGCCCAACUAUAACCCAAAAAUCACAUUUGAAAUUGUUGUCAAAAAACAUCACACACGAUUCAUUCCUCUUGAGCAAAACGCGGUUGACUCUGUGACAAAGAAGAAAGUGGCUGUUACUUCUAAUGAUAACGUUACUCCUGGAACUACCAUCGAUAAUGAUACCACAUCAAUUUCAUUCUUUGACUUCUGCAAUCAAUCACAGCAGACUUUACAUGGCGCCGGUAUUCUUGCACAUUACUACGUUUUAAAUAGUGAAAAUAAUUACACUUGA